AUGCCCAGCGGGGCGACUCCCCGGCCAUGCUGGGCGCACCGGGCGCGCUGCUCCAUGGGGCACAAGCCCCAGGCUGUCGGCCAGGCAGGAGUUCGACCCGAGGCCGCCCUGAACGUGGCCAUCAGCAAGUGUGGGAGAGCGAGGCAGUGGAGUGCAGCGCUGACGCUGUUUCGUGCAGCAUCGGAGGCACGUGCAAGAGUCGACACCGUCCUCUACAACGUGGCCAUCGCCGCGUGCGGCAAAGGCGGGCAGUGGCCAGAGGCGCUGCUGCUGCUCGGCGAGAUAGCUGACGGUACGCUGGAGCCAGACGUCAUUUCUACAACGCCGGGAUUAGCGCCUGCGAGAAGGGUGGGCAGUGGUGGCAGGCGUUGUUCUUGCUGA